AGUGGAAAUACGCCAUUUCCAGAAAGUAACGUCGUUCCGCCGUAUUAUAAAUUUUUGAAUUAUGCGACGUUACUUGUAGAAAAGCUGUGUUGUAAUACUUUUUUUAUUAUUUUUUCCAAUGCAAUCCAUCUUUGACUUGAAAAAGGAAGAAGAUCUCUACUCUAUCCUUAAUUGUGUAGAUUCCAGUACAUCCGAACAAAUUAGAACAGAAUAUAAACGUUUAGCAUUACAACAUCAUCCUGACAAGAACUCUAAUUCAGCUCAAUUUGACAAGAUCAAAGCUGCAUAUGAUAUCUUGGGAGAUCCAGCAAAGAGAGCUUUGUAUGACCGCUGGAAAGCAAGUGGACUUAUCAUCCCUUUCUCUCAGUUUGCUCAAUUAGGAACUCAUGCACAGACAGUUCAUUGGCAAUCAUUACCAUCUCAGUUAACAAUAACCGAUCAUGACAACUCAAGCCAUGUUGAUAUGACAAGUAUUCGAGCCCCUUCAACCAAUUCACAAAGAGUACAAGUUGAAUCAACAAGCUUUUGGAAAAAGAAGGACUACAUUAUACAAGAUAGACCUAAUUAACAUUUAUUCCUCUUCUUCUUCUUCACUGUCAGAUACUGUUUGACCAAGUCCUCUUAAUCUAUCCUUAUACUUUUUUAUUUGCAAAUCUUGAUCACCUUUAAAUGAUAUAAGUAUAUUACAUUCCCUUUUGUUCUUAUUCUC